CAGCAGUAGUGAUAUGUAAGAGGUUUAUUUUGGGGGGGAGGAAGGGUGGCAAGAAAAAAUGACGAACGAAAAGAGUGCACCCUUUGUGGGAUUUUGUGCUAGGUGAAAAGAAAAAAUGAUUGAAGAAACACACCCAAACGAUGACAGUUACAUCGUACGCGUCAAAGCGGUGGUAAUGACCCGGGAUGACUCGAGUGGGGGUUGGUUAGCACAGGAGGGUGGAGGGCUCAGCCGAGUAGGAGUCUGCAAGGUGGCACCCGCCGAGCUGAGUGGCCACAGCGACUUCCUCAUCCAUGGAGAGCGCCUCAAAGACAAGCAGGUGGUCCUGGAAUGUUUUGUGAGGAAAGAUCUUAUCUACACCAAGGCCACUCCCACGUUUCAUCACUGGAAAGUUGACAACAAAAAGUGCGGCCUCACGUUCCAGAGUCCUGCUGACGCCCGUGCUUUUGACCGAGGGGUACGGAAAGCCCUGGAGGACAUAACAGAAGGUUCCACAACUUCCUCCUCAACACUCCAGAAUGAAGCUGAACUAGGAGACGACGAUGUUUUCACAACCGCCACUGACAGCUCAUCCAACUCAUCCCAGAAAAAGGAGCAGGGCAUGCAGCCACUGACCACCUCCAAUUUCUAUGAACCACACCGGCAUCACCAUCACUACAUUCUGGGUCACUUCCAUGAGCAGUACAGGACCUCAGAGCGCUACUUUCUGGACCAGGCAGCACCCAGGUUGGCACGUCGUGUCAGCUUCCUAGAUGAUGAGGAGGAGGUUGUGCGCAUAAACCCACGUGAGCGAGCUUGGCUCUCAGGUUAUGAAGACUACCGGCAUGCAGCAGCGCGUGCUCAGGGUCUUGACUCGUAUGUGCACUUCACCAAGGGCGAUGCACCAGCCAAGCAUGACUACAGCUAUCCGUAUGCACCGGGCUCAGAGUUGAGCAAGGGCCCUCGCCGAGGUUCUGGGGGAGCUGUGGUUUCGCAGCCAAUCAGCUUCAAAAACAAGGAGGAUGAGGAAGAGGGUUUGGGUGAGCGUCGACAUUGUGUCUAUUGUGGUGUUUUUUUCCGGCAUGAGGAGAACGGCCGUGGCCGCUGCCCUGAUGCUCCAGACCCGGCACGCUCGUGUAUCCGACGCUUCAGCUGCAUGUGGUGUGCAGAUAGCCUGCUCUACCACUGCAUGUCGGAUCCGGAGGGCGAUUACUCUGAUCCCUGUUCAUGCGACACGGCUGAUGAACGUUUCUGCCUGCGCUGGCUUGCCCUAGUCGGCCUCGCGCUACUCGCGCCCUGCCUCUGCUGCUACCCGCCGCUGCACGCCUGUCACCGAUGUGCCGUGGCCUGUGGCUGCUGUGGUGGGAAGCACAAGGCCGCUGCAUGACCCCUGACACUGAUCCCGCCCAAACUAUCACAUGUUGAACGUACCCAGAUAAAUUGAGGCAUUGCGGAAGGCAACAGGAGGCAAGAAGAACGUUCAUGUCUUUUCAGAUUUUUUAAAAGUCUGUCUCAAUUCCUUCUCCAGACAGACAAAAAUAACAAAAAUGGUGCAUUUAACUGGAUUGAAUAUUUUUUUUUUUUUAUAUGAAUAUAUAUUAUAUAAAUGUGUGCGUGCGUGUGUGCGUUCCUGUGUAUGUUUCCUUUUCUCAUCUUCUGGACGUUCUCUUCAGUUCCUUGUGAAAAAAUGGCUCUUGUUUUUUUUUUUUCAGGUGGCCCCAUUGGAGCCAACUUGUUAAGCAUUACUUAUGCAGGUACUUUAUAUUUUUACACUGAUUUCAAGAACUUGAAUUCUUUAUUUUUAAUGGUGCACUCGAUUGCAGAAUCAGUUGUUUGAUUUUGGGUUUGUUUGCUAUGGCCAGCUAAGUGAGGCGUAAUCUAUCUGAAACCCUCCAAGCUUACUAAAUAAUAACAGUGAGUUUAGCUUGAGACACUAAACCUGUAGUGAGGUUCACAGUGUGCGCUUGAUUGGGACUGUGUGUGUGUAAUAGUGCAGAAGCCUGCAUGUGCGUUGUAAAGGAAUGAGAACAUUGUAUUACAGCAUAGUAUUGUUAUUGUAUUUAAGCCAAAUUUACAUAAGCUGCAGUGUGAGUAUAUGUAAAUACUGUAUACUCAUAUGUAUAUGUUUAAAAUUGAUUAUAUCAUCCACAACCACAUUUGUGGACUUUCCAUUCUGUUGAUUAAAAUAGUGGAUAAGGAGCUCUUUUAAAUGACUAUGAUUGAUAUCCAAAGAUUGUUUAUUGUUUUUUAUUUUGUGUGUCAUAUUUAUUUUCUUGAAUCACCAGCCAAAGAGAGAAAGAAAUAUGGACAUAGAGUUUGGUUUUUGAACUAGAAGCCUGGUCAUAUGAGAGAGUAGAAGGAGCCCAGUUGGAACAGUGUAUAUUAUGCUUGGAAUGAAAUGCAUAACGAGUAUCUGUUUCCCCACUCCGACAUGUGGCUUUUAACACUUUAAAACUAGUGGAAAAAGUUUCUUUUUCUUAUUUUCAAAACCAAUCCUGCUCUAUAGGAAGCCUAAAAGAACAGGACACCUAUUAGAGGGACAUUUGCCAAAAUGAUCUCUAAUGUUGCGCAAAGCCUUAAUUUUGGUUAAAAAAAAAAAAAUUAUGGCAAUUUAAUUGUGUCUCCCACGACGUUUACUGAUAAGACAGACACACAUUUUUGUGAGUUCUUUUAAAUCAAGAGAAAGUGAAGAAUAUUUUUGUAAUGUAUCAAAUAUGAUCACAUCAAAUGAGCCUUUUUUAAUUAAGAGAAUGUGUUUAAAAAUGUAGAAGGACAUUGUAGGGAUAAAUGGCAUCGUACAAUCUGUGAGGCAGCUCCGGUACGCGUGUAUAAUCUGUCUCAGACAUAACCUGCUCAACCCCAUGAAUGACAUUGCAAUCAUCCAGACACUGUUCAUAUAAAUCAUCCAAUGAAGAAAUACUAUCCAGUUUAGCUAGUAAAGCUGUAUGUGCACGAUUCUGUCUUUGAAUGUACAUGGCUAUUAAUAAUGUCUGCCUUUAAACCAUAUAACAUUCAACUUGCUCAUGUGAGCUACAGUCUCAGUCAUAGAGUGUGUCAUGUUAGUACAUUACAAACGCAACUGUGUCUCACUGUAAAUGUAGAAUGUCUGUCUGUACAUGGGAGGUUAGGGAGAUGCGUCACUGUAUCCUUCAUCCACAGCACAUCCUUUUUGGCUCUACAUAAGCUUUGGCAAUACUGAAUAAACAUCAUCUUCACUAAGAGCCCGGGAUACCUGUGGUUUAAAAACAAAAAACACAAGUCGUCGUCUGUACAUCUGUCACAGUGCAGUCUACUACACACAUUUUACAUGUUUAAAAAGUGCCUGAUGCAUAUUGUUAAUCUGUUUCCUUAUAUACUGAAAGAAAGAUUAAAUAAACCCUAUUGUAUUAAUUAGUUUUGUUUUUUUACAAUAAGAAUUUUUACCUCUGUAAAAAGCAAAGAAAUCUAUAUCAAAUGUAUGAUGUACAUUUUUAUUUCUAUUUUUUUUUUUUUUUUUUUUUUUUUUUCUGAUGUGUAUGUUCAAUGAAGCUCUUUGCUUUUGAGAGGACAAUAUAAAGUACUUUGUAAAUACAGGUAGAUUGUGUCAGAACUACCAGAAGUGUGGCCUGGCCAGUAAGUAGUUCUACAUGUGUGUCCUAGUUCCCAAUAAAAAUAAAACAGAAAUUCACUUAUUGGCUCUGGCCUGGGUUCAUGCUGUUCUAUUGUAUGUCAUGCAAGGAUAGAUAUAAGCAUAAUGUGAGCCACGCUUACAAGCACAGUGGCCUUGAGUAUAAACUUGCUUCAUGCUCGUACAUGCUUCUUUCUCAGACCCAUACUUCAGGCUGGCCAUGUGAAAUGCAAAGAAGACAUUAAGCUAUUUAUUUCAGGAUGUUUCUGAAAAAGCACAUAGACGAUUUUUGGGGAAGGCGAGUGGAGGAGGGAAGAAUGUCCCCAAAGGCUUGGCCUGCUAUGCAGCUCGAUGACUGCAAACAGUAUCAAACUCCACAUGUGCAAACAUUUAUGACGUAUUUUCUCAUAAUGGGUUCACUUUUUUCCCAUCUUCCUGCUUCUUGAAAUAAAACUGUUCUUUACCUUUGCUAAAAGCCUUCUUGCUUCUUGCUUUCAUCUUAGGGAGAACCGAACAACAUAGCUCACAUGCUUAUUUUCCUUUGGCCAGACUGUUUAAAAUAUAUAUAUAUAUAAUAUUUUAAACAGUCUGGCCACUACAUGUCUAUAGCAGUCCAUGUUUUAUAUUUUAUCAGAGCUUGUGCUCUCAAGCAGACAUUGGACAUACAGAAAUGGCAAGAAACCCCAGUAAGAUGCUAUUGGUUGGUUUGUUUUCUGUUUCUUUUUUCCCCCUUUUUUUUCCUGUCUCUAAGACUACAAUACUUUGGAAAUCAACACAUCAAGCACAACCUAAAGAUUCAGCCCCACAUUUCCUGUCUGGUGGGAGUGUAAGACAGCUGUCUGAACUUGCUUCCUGUUUGCCUGUUUGGACUGCUUCUCCACCUGUUGUUUACGUCCUGCAGCGGAUGUUGUGCUGUGUUCCUUCAGACCCUGCUGCUGCUGGCUGCUUCAGGCCAGAGGUCACUGUCUGAAUACAUGCACCUAUAACCUGGUGCAUUUUCUCUUAAAGGCUCUGGUAUAGCUGCUCUGAGUCAUUUAUGGGUUUCUUUUUGUGUUUUAUUCAGCCAUCAGUGUUUUAACACGUCAAUUUGAGUUCACUUUAGCUCUGGAGUUUGUUUGGAUGUGCUUGCCUGUAAAAAUUAACUCAACUGUUUUUGCUGUUGUGUACACAAGAUUCAAACUCAGUUGGCAUCACCAACUGUCCUCAAGCUAACGUCUGAUGAUGUACUUCCACCUAUGAGGUGCCUCUUUCUUGUGUCCUGCCUUACUGGAAGAGAACACUGUGGUAAGCACCACGUACCAGGAUGUUAUUGUGCACAGAUAACACUUGCUGGCCCCCAUAUCCUCUGCCUAGAUUGGGAGGAGCCCUCACUUUCCCACACUGGUCAGCAGAAGCCAAGCCAAAAGCUGCUUUAUCAACCCCAUCUCUGGCUGCCCGUGGGCAUGGAGGGAGGCACUGCAUGUUCAUAGAGGAAGAGAGAGGGACUGCAAGGUUUCCAAUCUUUCCAGUCUGGCCAAACAUCCAUGACUGACCUUGCCACACAAAACAGCCUCUAUACAGCCCCUCUGCCUUUCAAUGGCUGCUUGGUUUCCCCAGAAGUUGCUUCCAGAAACUAACAAAGUCUGGUUUGAUCUCCACUGUCAAGCUCCUUAGACCUGGGUUCACUUAAUGCAUGCUAUUUUUUUUUUAAACUUGUUUGCUCAGACCUGCUCCAGCCAGUUUGUGGUAUAAAGAGGCUGGGGACCCUGCAGCAGAGUGGAGCUGGACUCCAUGCACUUAAUUCAAUAAGUACUUCCUCAAUAUCAAAAGCAAGAAUGGCAAUUUUUGUCUCUA